AUGCCCAGCUGCGACUCGUCUGCCGCCUGCGACUCCUACUUCCCCCCCUUCGGCGGCUCCCGUGCACUUUUUUUUCGAGGCCUUCGUCGCACUCUGUUAAAAAGCGGUGUGCUCGUGGGGCAUCGCCAGGUAAUAUCCAACCCUUUUAUCCAACACACCGAUGGGUCGCCAUAA